AUGGCUGUCGGUAAGGUAGCGCCGGCAAACUGUGGGAGGAGGUUGAUUCCCCAGAUUCUGGACGACCUCGCAGCUGCUGAGCCCGAUCGCAUCAUUUACUCUUUCGCAAAGUCUUCGGACCUGUCGCAGGGGUUCCGUCAUGUAUCAGCUCGUACUUUUACGAGGGCAGUUGACAAGACUGCCUGGCUACUUCAGCGGGAGCUGGGAGUGACGUCGGAGAUCCGCGCCGGCUUGUUCCUCUCCCCAAAGAAUAGCACAGAGGGCGCUCUAGCUGUUCUCGAGGCAGCAAAUUGUGACAUCUGGGUCAGCCCCGCUGGUGAGAAGCCAACACAGCUCGUGAAUGACUUUUUGAAGCAACGGCCCAUGCACGUCAUGGACCUACCCGAGCUGAAAGAAGUUCUUCCUGAAGAUGAGAGCGAGCUGGAAAAUGUGGAGCCAUUUCCAUACACAAAGCGCUGGGAAGAUGCGAUUAACGACACUUUCUGCAUCCUCCAUACCUCGGGCUCAACCGGCCUGUCGAAGCCCAUCUCAUGGACACACGGGCUGAUUGGUACCGUAGACGCUGUUCGGCUGCUGCCCCCUCAUGAGGGCAUGGAGCCCUGGGCGAAAGGUUGGGAUGACGGCGAUACGCUAUACUCAACAUUCCCUUUGAGUCAUGGAGCGGGAAUCUUGAUGGACGUGGUUAUAUCGCCGCUGUUUGGGCUACACUGCGUCCUCGGGCCCCGGGAUGUGAUACCCAAUCUGGAACUCAUAUCAUCCAUUGCAGACCACAUCAAGAUCGACAUCUGGAGCAUGAUUCCUUCGCUCACUGACGAGCUUGGCGAAGCGCCCGACAUCUUGCCAAAAUUAAGCAGAUCGAAAUUCAUCUGCGCUUCAGGAGGAUCCAAAGUGAACGAGCAUGUCCGCGUAUUGAACCUGACCGGCACAUCGGAGGGUUUGUUCAUCGGAAACUUAUGGGUGGACAGACAGGAUUGGCACUGGUUUGCCUUCCACCCAUGGUCCGGGUUCGACUUUAAGAUGGUUGAACCUGGUCUUUACGAACAGUGGAUCCAUCGCAAUGAGCACGCGGAGUUCUUCCAGGGUCUCCUUCAUACCUUUCAAGAUGUGAACAGUUUUAAUUUUAAGGAUCUGUAUGUUCAGCAUCCAACUAAGCCCGGUCUAUGGGCGUCUCACGGCCGCAGCGAUGAUGUUGUGGUGCUUUCAAAUGGAUACAAGAUCUCGCCCCUCGAUACGGAGGCCCUCGUCACAUCCCACCCGGCUGUUGAUGGCUGUCUCAUGAUAGGAUCCGGCAAGCCACAAGCUGGCCUCCUUAUCGAACUGAAAGACCCAGCCAUAAGAAGAGAUGGUGAUGAUGCUGAAGCACUCUUCAACAGCAUCUGGGCCGUGGUCGAAAGAGCUAACUCCCUGUCUCUGCACAAGGACCAGCUACACCGAGACUUCAUAGCCUUUUCCGAAGCAGGGAAGCCAUUCAUCCGUACCGACAAGCGCACCAUCAAACGUCGGGCUACCAUGGCGCUGUAUGCCGACUACAUCGAGCGAUUAUAUCAGUCGCGUGGGGAGGAUGACAGCGACGCUGAAGUUGCGGCGCUUGGACUGCUCGCAAUCGAUACAACAUCCUUGGAAUCGACCGCUCGCGCGGUUCGACAUGUACUGGCUUCGAUCGUGCCUGCGGUCAAAGACGCCCCUGCAGAUGCUAAUCUGUUUACUGUUGGGUUCGACUCGCUGCUGGUGUUCAAGGCUACUAAGGCGGUAGCGGCGGUCACAGACUUAGGGGGAGUAUUCCUACCAAGGAACUUCUAUGCAGGGCCUACAGUUGAGGCGAUUGCCGCCACUGUCGUGCGGUUGGCUUCCGAACGUAGGGUCACGACAACGAAUGGCACUACUAACUCGUCGUCGACCGAGCAGCAGCAACAAGAUCCACUGGAAGCCAAGAUCAGAGCGCUGAUGAACCGACACAAAGCUCUUUUAUCCUCCAAGCUAGGCCCGAUGGACCUCUUCGGCGGGAACAUGUACGAGGGGAUCAAUGUCUUCAUUCCUCUCCGACCAGGCGUUUCGUUCGAGCAAGCGUACAAAGUGCUCCAGCGAGGUCUGGUUCGCGCUAUGGAGAUCGUGCCCACUCUCGCGGGCAAAGUCAUACCGUGUUCGGAGCACGAGAUUGGAUACAAGCAGGGAGACGUUCGGAUCAGUCUGCCUCCAUUGCCGUCGACGGCCUUGGGUACCACUCCUGUCGAGGAGCCAAGACAAUUGCGCUUCCGCGACCUCUCGUCUGUCGUGCCAUCUUAUGCUGAGCAGCGUGCCUCCGGGUUUUUGACCUCGGCUUACCCGGACGAGCUCCUGACUGAUUGUCCCUCCUUUCCCGACCUACCUACAGAUGUUCUCAACGUGCAGGCCAAUUUCGUCGGCGGUGGCUGCGUCCUGGCCUUCAAUGUUCACCAUCACGCGUUCGAUGGUAUCGGCAUGUUGAUCGCGCUGACGGUAUGGGCGGAAUGCUGCCGGUUCAUCCAGGGCGAUCAGUCUGCGACGUCCGAGUGGCUGCACCCAGAGAGCCUCAAUCGUGACAUGCUGUCUAUCUUGUACGAGCUGGAGGGUUUCGCGAAGCCGGCGUCUGAAGUUGACCCAAGGGUCUGGGGCUUUUUACCAUAUGCCGAUCCGGCCUUGAAGCGCAAGCACGAGGAGAAAGAGGAAGACACGGACAUGACAGAGGCAGCCGCAGUCAACGGAAACAACACUGAACCCGACGUUAAGAGGGCUCGUUUGUCUCGUCAAUUGCCUGAACCACCUGUACUACCCGCCUGUGAGCAUUGGCCGCCCGCGCCUCGCGCAGAUGGUCGCACGUUGACGGCGUCGACCUUUGUCAUCUCCGCCGAGAAGCUUGAGAACCUUCAGAAGACCGUCGAGGUUGCCGAAGCCGCCGACCCGGAAAGUCAAAGCCUUAGCAAGGAAUCGGGGUCGCUAUCUCUGGGUGACGUGCUACAGGCCUUUUUCUGGCGUGCAGCCGUCCGGGCACGUCGCCGUCCCGAGAAUUCAGCCUCCGAUGGCAUGGCUAUCAUCGAGAUGCCCACUGAUGUCCGACCCUUCUUCAGUUCGCACCUCCCGCCAACAUACAUGGCCAACUGCGUCAUCAUGAACCGACAGCAUAUGUCCGUGGCGGAGCUCUGCUCAUCCCAGACAUCACUAUACAAAAUUGCUCAAAUCUGUCGCGAGGCGCGCACUCGAAUCGAUCAAGAGCUUGUACACGACGCCUUUAGUCUACUUCAUACGAUUAAAGAUAACAGUCCGGGAAAUCAUACGACAGCGUUCCUAGGCCAGGGCAUUCAAGAUGGCCCACAUUCGCUGUUUAAUAACAUGAUGCUCUUCCAAGCGAGCGAUAUUGGGCCCUUCGGUGGUGACAUAUUCGAAGCACCAGAGGCAGUGAGGGUCCAGAUGGAUUGGCUGAACAAAGCGUUUAGGAGCCUGUUCAUUUUGCCGAUGAGAAAGGACGGCGGUGUCGAGUUGUUGCUGGGGACUUUACCCGAGGAACUGGAUGCGAUGAAGAAUGAUGGCGAGUUUAUGCAGUUUGCUGAGUUUCUGGGAUAG